AUGCCUUGGCCUCCAUAUUCUCCAGAUUUGAAUCCUAUAGAGAAUCUUUGGGCACUGUUGAAGCAGGAGAUCUAUAAGCUGCAUCCAGAGCUGGAGCAUGCAUCAGAUACAGUAGCUACAAAAAGAGUUUUAAUAGAGGCAGCUAAGGAGGCAUGGAAUGCAAUUGAUGAUAGCAUUCUAUAUAAUCUUUCUGCUACAAUGCCUCAUCGAGUGAAGGCAGUUAUAGAGGCAGAAGGAUGGUAUACAAAAUAUUAA